CUAAAAAGCAUUGUCAUUAGUAUCUCUCCUAGUAGUCCUUCUUGGAUUGUGUUGUUUGCAUAUAGUGAGUGGUCUGUGUGAAACAAUAAGUGAGGUUGUCUUAGAAAGAUGGAAGAGGGGACAUUUGAACAACCAUCUUUGGAGAAACACUAUUAUGGGAACUGUCCUGGUUGUAAGGUGGAUCAAGCCAAAGAGCUGAGAAAGGAUGUUUCCAUUAGAAAUCUUUCUUAUAUUUGGAUGGCAGUGUUAUGUGGCACGCUGCCUGUAGCAUCACUCUUUCCCUUUGUUUAUUUCAUGGUGAAGGAUUUUAAUAUUGCAAAAACUGAGGCAGAUAUAAGUACCUAUGCUGGUUAUGUGGGAUCAUCAUUCAUGCUUGGCAGGGCUUUGACAUCCAUAUUUUGGGGAAUGCUAUCUGAUCGCUAUGGUAGAAAACCUGUUAUAAUUUCAGGGAUUAUUACUGUUGUCAUUUUCAACACAUUAUUUGGUCUUAGCACGAAUCUUUGGAUGGCUAUUAGCAUGAGAUUUCUUCUUGGAAGUUUAAAUGGAUUACUUGGACCAAUAAAGGCUUAUGCUGCUGAAAUUUUCAGAGAAGAGAAGCAAGCUCUAGGACUCUCAAACUUUGUUGCUGCUUGGGGAGUAGGACUAGUCAUUGGCCCUGCAUUGGGAGGUUAUUUGGCUCAGCCAGUGUUGAAAUACCCACAUAUGUUUCCAAAGGAUUCCUUUUGGGAUAGGUUUCCAUAUUUCUUGCCGUGCUUUAUAAUAUCAGCUUUUGCGUUUGCAUCAGGAAUUGCUUGCAUUUGGCUUCCAGAGACCCUUCACAACCACAAAAGUAGCAGUGAGUCCACUAACAGUGUUGAAGCUUUGGAAAUGGAAAGCAAUGAGACUAACAACGAUAAGAUGAUAUCUGCAUCAUUGCAAGAGACCCUUCACAACCACAAUGGUGGUAGCAUUGAGUCCACUAUCAAUGUCAAAGCUUUGGAAAUUGGAAGCAAUGAAGCAAACAAAGACAAGACGAUUCAAAAAGAUAAAAGCAUCUUCCAAAAUUGGCCCUUAAUGUCAUCCAUCAUUGUUUACUGUGUUUUUUCACUACAUGAUGUUGCUUACCAAGAGGUUUUCUCAUUGUGGGCUCUCAGUCCCAGAAGAUUGGGUGGUCUGAGCUUUACAACUAAUGUUGUUGGUUAUGUUCUUGCAAUAUCAGGUAUUGCUAUUAUAAUCUUCCAGCUUGCCCUGUACCCAUCAGUGCAGAAAGCUUUUGGACCUGUCAAUCUUGCUCGUUUCGCAGGGGUGUUAUCCAUACCUCUCCUGCAAAGUUAUCCCUUCAUGACAAAGUUGUCAGGCUUCACACUACACCUAGUGAUCAUUAUUGCCUCCAUUCUGAAGAAUAUUUUGACAGAGUCAAUUGCAACUAGUUUAUUCCUUCUGCAAAAUAGAGCUGUGGAACAACAUCAAAGAGGGGCAGCUAAUGGUUUUGUUAUGACUUGUAUGUCAGCAUUCAAAACAGUUGGUCCUGCUAGUGGCGGUGCAAUAUUAACUUGGUCAGAAAAGCAUAUACAUUCUUUUUUCCUGCCAGGCACCCAUAUAGUCUUCCUUGCCCUGAAUGUUGUUGAAGGACUUGGAGUACUGUUGAUGUUCAAACCAUUCUUGAGUGUGAAGAAGAAAACACCAUCAUAGACGUUACAUUGAUAUCAAAAAAUUUGGUACAAGGGGUGAAGCAUUUGGAGGGUAAUAUUGUGUAUUGGUUUUGAGAUCAUGGCCAGUAUGGAUAAUGAAAUGAUGAUGGAUCAUUAUGUGUUGUAUAUUUCCAUCAUAUAAGUUUAGACUUUAGUUAUUAACAUUUUAGCAUGGGUGAAUGUGUAUUGAACAGAAUUAGUUAAAGUAUGGACCUGUAUGUACCAAUAUAUGUGAUAUAGAGUUAUUAUAUGUUCUUUGAAAACUUUCACUAA